CUCCCGAACGUGAGGUUUCUUCUGCUUGUCUUCCCGGCCUAUUCAUGACAGGGUCGGAUCAGAUUCCAGCUCCUGACCCUCAUGCUACGCCUAUUCAAAAUCUUCCGCUUGAUCCGACUCCGCAACCCCGGGUAACUCAACGCAAACGUCCUCGCGCAUCCGAUUUUGAUGACAUCAAUGAUUUUUCGAGAAAGGGUUUCAGUCAUGGGGCGGGGGAUGCGGCUCCCGAGGAUAGGCUUGUGAUAGACAUCAGUGACGAUGAGUUCUAUGAAGAAAACGAAGAUGAUGCAAUGGAUCUUGAAGAACCCCAAUCAUUUGGGAAUAUUUCAUCGUCCGACUUUCCUACGUCUCUGACCCCUCGGAAUAACGACCAGGAACACCUUCGCCAGAAGGAUAUGGAAAUACAAGCAAUGCACCGCAAGAUUGCGGAACUUGAGCAACGAAAGAAAGCUAAGCUAGAUGUUAAUCACUCUCAAUCCCCUCGUGCUACCAAUGCCUCAUCUUUACCCAUCACAAACGAUUCGAUGGACGCGGACCUCGAAUCCGACGAUGUCACUCCAGUGGAGCCAGCAAUUGCGAAUGAAUACGACGACGGCAUUGGCGUUGCGCUCGGAGCAGCGCUCAUGGAACAAGCAACUUCCAGGCCGAAUGGACCCAUCACUGUCCCGCCGACGAAACCCCUCGCCUCGAUGGACUCAACAGAGCUACAAACAAUGCGCUCCAAAAUCCUUCGCAAACAAACAAUUGAAUCGGGCCUUCCCGGAUUGGACGCUGAAAUAGCGAGUUCUGAGGCGAAGUUAUUUCUGCUAAAGCAAGAGGAAGAUAAUACACUUUCAACAAUUGCGAAGGGGAAGCAAGGACGUCGACAGCUUAUCCGCGAGUUAGAAGAGUUGGGCAUUGAAAUCAAUGGCUUGACGCUCGACGAGCUUGACGCAGCUCAACGCAAAUUGGAAAGCGAUGAAGCAUCAUUGCCUGCAGGAAAAGCACCCCCCUUGGCACCGACUGUAAACGAGGAUGAUUUUCCCAUGGCAGAUAUUCUUUUGCCUACGGAGAAGGACCGAGAAGAACCCCAGUCUAUUGAAGAAGCAAGUCCGGCCGAGCAAGAACCGCAGGCGGAACUAGACCAUGAUCCGACCCUUUCUGCCGAUCUCGAGCGGGAAGCAUCGCAUGCGUACUCCUCUGAUUCUACAGGGUCGUCGAUGGAUGAGUCUACAGAUACCUCUAGUGUCAGCUCCGACUCCGAUAGCCAGGAAGAAUCAGACGACGAAGACGUGCGUAGCCCUGGGCGUGAUUUUGUUGAAGAUGCGGAGAGGCGCGCCGGGGAUGAGGAAACACAAAAGGAGACUCGCACAGAGAGCCACCCACCUUUCUCGGGACAUGCGCCAGCUCCCGAUUAUGGCUCGUCGGGAGAAGAAUCUUAUGAGCCUGGUGAUGUUGACGGAGAUGACCGCAUGUCUUCUGCCGAAUCGGAGGGGUAUGAACCACCAGAACCAGAGCAGGAUUCAGGCUCAGUGGAAUCUGAAUAUACGCCGCCUCCUCUUAGCGGGGAAGAACCCGAAGUGUCUCCCGGACCUCUUCCUGAUCAGUCUCAGGCUGAGCCACUAACGGGAGAUGUCCAGGAAGUGAGUGCGGACUCAGGUCAUGUGCAGAAUGCGCCGGAAGUCCAGGUCCCUGACCAUAAGUUCACGCCGUACGAAAGCCCGCUCAGGCAUUUCAAAUCCUAUCGCUAUCACCCCAACUACUCUGAUCUUGUUUCAGAAGGUUAUCGUUCUCUAACUUACAGUCACGAUAUUGAUUCCAUGAAACACUUGUGCCCUUUCGAAUCGGCAGGCGGCGUGUGCAAUGACCGUUCUUGCGAAUAUCAACACUUUCGUGACAUGACUCUAAGCGAUGAUAAAAUCCUGGUCCAGAUGGGGUCUCUCCGAGAAGGCAAAACCUCAGAGGAGAAAGACCAGUACAUUGCUGGCCUGAAGCAAAUCAUCAAUGACAUGCGGCGUGACAAGGUGAAAGACUUUAACACCGUGGCGACAGAAAUUGCCGCAUACCGUAGACGCUUCCUUCACGAUCCAACGCGGGUCCUGCCCUUGUAACAGGCUUCGAUUUACGAUAUUCGGGUUCUUCGACGACUGAUUAGCUGAG